UCUGAUUAGACCUCUAGCCUGGGAACCUCCACAUGCUGCGGGAGCGGCCCAAGAAAUGGCAAAAAGACAAAAAAAAGAAAAAAGAAACUUAAUAGUGGUCUUAAAAAGAAUACCGCAGUUUUCUGAGAUGGGAGUAAUAAUAAACUCAAAAAACAGUUUUUUUGGAGAUAUAAUUUUUACACCAUAAAUUUCAUGCAUUUAAAUUGUAUAAUGGAUACAGAAGUUCCAGUGUAAGUGUACGGUGAUUGCACAUCGGGAGACGAUUGAGAAGAUCUUCCUGACGUAGGACUACGUCUUUUAUGUGCUGCGGUUUCUCCUACGACAGCCUAAAACCAUCGCGGGCUCUCAGAGCUCCAGUCAUCGGCCUCGGUCAUGCCCCCCCUGGAAGAGCAGUGUUGGCUCACUGGUCGUAGUGGGGUUCUCCUUAAGACACUGUCAGGAGGACUGAGCCCCAGACCCUUCUGCUAGGUCCUCAGUCCCUGAGGACGCCUUGUGGCUGAAUGGAGCAAACCGCCCCUGUGUUCUUCAGACCUGAAUAAUUCAGUCUCUCAUUUCACAGCCAAAGUGGUGUUCAGAUCAUAUACCCACUCUUUUUUUUUCUUUCAAUUUAAGCCAAAAAGCUUAAAACUUUAUUAAAAACUCAGGCACCUGUGUCUCCCUGAGCUCCCUGCCCAGACUCUUUAAGUCAUGCCUAGGAAGUGCGCCAUUGUGCCUUAAGACUCCAAAUCUUAAAAUGAAAACCAGCUAGAUUAAAAGGUUUAAGACCACCACUCAAGCAAUGAGAGCUGACUACCAGGAGAACUCACCUGAACAGCUGAUAGGUACUGAGAAGCCGGGGUGGGGGCGGGGGGUUCAAUGGGCCAUGGGGGUGCAGAGCACCUGUUGUGGGUGACCUCCAGGUAUCUGUGGGUGGGUGUCCGAUAUCCUGCCAACCAUGCCAAGUAUAUGUGCAGGAAAAUUAAUCAGUCAAUGUAAGAAAGACAUGGAAAAAGUUUAUUCAAGCAAAAUUUGAAGAUUAUAACCCAAGAAGAGCAUCUCGAAAGCUCUGAGAACUGUUCUGCCCUCUAGAAGUCGAGGCACAGUUAUAUAAGGUUUUGGAGAUGGAGGGCUGUACAACACAUGACAUGUGAUUGUCCCUUUCCACAAUCCGUAAGCAGUGAGUGGCCCCUUACAAGAUCAGGAAGGACUGUUGUCUCUUUUUAAAUUUUUUUUUUUUCUUUUUUUGCUUUUUAGGGUCACACCUGCGGCAUGUGGAAAUUCCCAGGCUAGGGGUCCAAUCUGAGCUCCAGCUGCCCGCCGACACCACACCGACCACAGCACCCAAUCCUAAAUGCACGGAGUGAGGCCAGGGAUCGAACCCACAUUCUCAUGGAUACUAGUCAGAUUCGUUUCCGCUGCACCACACCAGGAAUUCUGGAAUGUUGUCUUUUAAGGAGCUGUCUGCCGGACGCUGGCUGAGUGUUACUCGUCACAGUUGAGCAGGUAUUUCUGAUGACAGGGAGGCUCAGUAGCUGCAUAGCGCAUGUUCACAGAGCAGCGUGGGGAGAAAGACCAAGGCAAAGGGUAGCAAAAAGGUUUUAUGUUUAAUUUUUUCUAGUCUUGCCACAAAAGGUAAAGUUUACUUCACAGUGUGAAAUAAGUUUUGAAAAAUUGGUACAUAUCAUCCAGGGUGACAUGUUAUCAGAAAAGCAGCAAACAGAAGAACAGCAUGCGAAGCAUGCAAAAGCACCAAGGACACGUAUUUGUAAAACUGCACCGUCUUCUGACUGGUGGAAGCUGGCACGGGGGGUGGAGGAACCCUGGCAAGGGGCUGCAGGGCGGGGAGCGGCGGGAUGGCGGGCCACGUGCUCUGGGCAGGGGCAAGCAACCGAGCAUGUGAUCCAGAACAGUUCUUUUCUCAGACUUUUUAAACGGAAGUUCAGGGGUGACCUGCCUGACAUCUAUUUCCCCUCUGUGAUCUCCAGAGCUUCCUGGGGAUAACAAAAAAACGAAAGAAAUGCUGCGUAAAGAACGGGGACCCCCUUCGAGAUGCAGAAAAGUCACCCGCAGGUGCAGGUGAGGGCUCAGCUCACAGUGGAGUUUGGUGCUGCAGUGCUCUCAGAAAACUCCCACCAAGAGAACUUACAGAAACCACGAGUAUCGAUCGUUCUGUGAACACACACGGCAACUUCUGAAAGUAACAAUCCGAGCCGUGGUUGUAGGACCAGCCAGCCAUUCAGGGCCUUUCCCAGCGGACUGUACUUUCUGCCCUGCUGUGUGGUCACCAGGAGAGCCAGCCAACCUGGAGGCAGCUCAGAGGGAGAAGGAGCUUCUUCUGCAAAAGAUGAUGGAGCUAGAACGCAGGUUGGACGACCACGAGAGAAUCCUGGAGGAGUUAAGAGGCCGCAUGACAGAUGGAGGAAGAGAAAUGAAAACGACCUCAGCAGGUGACAAAGGAGAGGCGUCGGCUUUUCCCGGGAGAGAAAAAGAGCUUCUUGAGCAACACGCUAAAGCGUUGCAGCAGGAUUUGGAAGACCAAGAAGAAGCCUUCCGGAGAUUUAGAGCCCAGAUGAUAGAGGAGAUAAGGGAAAUAGAGACCGCACAGAGACAAAUGGAUGAGAGGAUUAAGAUUCUGGAAGAAAUCCUUCUAGGUUACCAGGUUGCCAUGGCAUCUGCCCUCAACAUGACGGACCCCAUCUGUCUGAUAGAAAACAACAAUGAGCUGCUGUCAGUGAACCAGGAAGCUCUAGAGAUACUUGAGAAGAUUUCUCAGCCCGUGGUGGUGGUGGCCAUUGUAGGACUGUAUCGCACAGGCAAAUCCUACCUGAUGAACCGUCUGGCGGGACGGAACCAUGGUUUCCGUGUGGGGUCCACAGUGCAGUCUGAAACCAAGGGCAUCUGGAUGUGGUGUGUGCCCCACCCCUCCAAGCCAGACCGCACCCUGGUCCUUCUGGACACCGAGGGCCUGGGCGAUGUGGAGAAGGGCGACUCUAAGAACGACUCAUGGAUCUUUGCCCUGGCCGUGCUUCUGAGCAGCGUCUUCGUCUACAACAGCACAAACACCAUCAACCACCAGGCCCUGGAGCAGCUGCAUUAUGUGACAGAGCUCACGGAGCUCAUCAGGACCAAGUCCUCGUCAGAAAACGAUGGAGUGGAGGACUGCACGGAGUUUGUGAGUUUCUUUCCAGACUUUAUCUGGAUUGUUCGGGAUUUCACCCUGGACCUGAAGUUGCAUGGUCACCCUGUCACAGAGGAUGAGUACCUGGAGAAUGCCUUGAAGCUGAUUCCAGGCAAUAAUCCCAAAGCCCAAAUAUCCAAUCUACCCAGAGAGUGCAUUAGGAAUUUCUUCCCAAAACGGAAGUGUUUUGUCUUUGACCGACCAACAGACAAGAAAAACCUCCUGGCCAGUAUUGAGAAUGUGUCUGAGGACCAACUGGAUCCUGAUUUCCUGGAACAAGCAAACAACUUCUGUUCCUACAUCUUCACCAAUGCAAAGACCAAGACCCUCAGUGAUGGAAUUCCAGUCACUGGGAAACGGCUGGGGAUUCUGGUGGUGGCAUACGUGGAUGCCAUCAAUACCGGAGACGUUCCUUGUCUGGAGAACGCAGUGGCAACCCUGGCCCAGCUGGAGAACUCAGCAGCCAUGCAGAAGGCAGCCGACCACUAUAGCGAGCAGAUGGCCCAGCGACUGGACCUCCCCGCAGACACGUACCUGGAGCUGCUGGAGGUGCACGCAGACUGCGAGUGCGAGGCCAUUGCGGUCUUCAUGGAACACUCCUUCAAGGAUGACACACAGGAGUUCCAGAAGAUGCUGGUGGAAAUCAUAAAGAAUAAGAAGGAGGGUUUCGUGCUGCAGAAUGAAGAGGCAUCUGCCAAAUACUGCCAGGAAAAACUUGAUCAGCUUUCAGAGACCCUGGUGGAAUGUAUUUCAGCAGGAAUGUUCUCUGUUCCUGGAGGCCAUGAACUCUACCGGAGAGCAAAGCAAAGAUUGGAAUGGGACUAUUGCCAUGUGCUCAGGAAAGGAGUGCAGGCCGACAAGGUCCUCCAGCGCUUCCUGCAGGCACAGGUGGCAACAGAGAAAUCCAUCCUGCAGACAGAUAAAGCCCUCACUGACGGGCAGAAGGCCAUAGCAGAGGAGCGGGCCAGGAAGGAGGCAGCGGAGAAGGCGCAGGAGCGGCUGAAACAGGAGCUGCUGAACCAGAAGCUGCAAGAGCAGGAGCAGCAGCUGGCAGCUCAGAAGGGAAGUUUCCAGGAAAACAUAGACCAGCUGAGAAAGAAGCUGGAGAGAGAGCUAGAAUAUCGACUGAGAGAGCAGAAUAUGAUGUUGGAGCGUAAGCUGAAGACGCAAGAAGUUCUCCUCGGUAAAGUAUUUGAAAGGAGAUCUGAGAAGAUGAAUGCGGAGAUAGAUCACUUGAGAAAUAUAAUUGCUGGUACUGACAGUGAUGAUACUCACUGGGUUGUAAAAGCCUUUGUAAAUUUUGUCAUUAGGAUCAUUUCAGCUAUUUUUCCACGUAACACUUCUACUCUGUUUGUGAGAAAUACUAUGUAUGUUUUUUGGUUACGAGGGUUUUUUUGGGGUGCAUUUUUUCAUUUUUUAUUUUUUUGGGUUUGUAAUCUUAUUUUUUAUAUAUGUUUUUAUUAUUAUAGUUGAUUUACAAUGUUCUGUCAAUUUCUGCUUUACAGCAAAGUGACCCAGUUAUACCUAUAGAUACACAUUCUUUUCUUCAUAUUAUCUCCCAUCAUGUUCUAUCACAAGAGAUUGUAUACAGUUCCCUGUGCUGUACAGCAGGACCUCAUUGCUAAUCCAUUCUAAAUGUAAUAGUUUGCAGCUACUAACCCCAACUCCCUGUCCAUCCCACUCCCUCCCGCAUCCCCUUGGCAACCACAAGUCUGUUCUCUUUGUCCGUCAAUCUAUUUUGUAGAUAGGUUCAUUUAUCCCAUGUUUUAUAUUCCACAUAUAAGUGGUAUCAUAUGGAGUUUGUCUUUCUCUAACAUACUGCACUUAAUGGGAGAAUUUCUAGUUGCAUCCAUGUUGUUGCAAAUGACAUUAUUUUGUUCCUUUUAUGGCCAAGUAGUAUUCUGUUGUGUACAUGUACCACAUCUUAUUAAUCCAUUGAUCUGUUCAUGUAUAUUAAGGGUGUUUUCAUGUCUUGGCUAUUGUGAAUAGUGCUGCAAUGAACAUAGGGGUGCAUGUAUCUUUUUGAAUGAAAGUUUUAUGCAGGUUUUUUUCCCAGGAGUAGGAUUGCUGGAUCAUAUGAUAGAUCUAUAUUUAGUUUUCUGAAGGACCUCUAUACUGUUUUCCAUAGUGGUUUUACCCAUUUACAUUCCCACCAGUGGUUUAGGAGGGUUCCCUUUUCCCCACACCCUUUCCAGCAUUUGUUAUCGCAUUAAAUCUGUAGAUUACUUUGGCUCAUAUGGCCAUUUUAACAAUAUUAAUUCCUCCAAUCCAGGAGCAUCUUUCCAUUUCAUUGAGUCCUCUUUAAUUCUCUUGAUUAAUGUUUUAUAGUUCUCAGCAUCUAAGUCUUUCAGGUUUAUUCCUAGGUAUUUAAUUUUGGGGGGUGUGAUCUUAUAAGGCAUUGUAUUUUUAUAUUGCUUUUCUAAUAUGUCAUCAUUAGUAUACAGAAAUGCAACCUACUUCUGAAUGUCAAUCUUGUGUCCUACUACUUUGUUGAAUUCAUUGAUCAGUCUGAGUAGUUUCUUUUUUUUGUGGCAUCCUUAGGGUUGGUAUGGUAUGGUAUCAUGUCACCUGCAUAUAGUACAGUUUUACCUCUUCUCUUCCAGUUUGCAUAUUUUAUUUCUUUUGUUUGUCUGAUUGCUGUCAUUGGGAUUUCUAACACUUUGUUGAAUAAACAUGGUGAGAGUGGGCAUCCUUGUCUUGUUCCAGCUUUUAGUGGGAAGGUUUUCAGGUUUUCUUCACUGAGUAUUAUAUUGGCUGUGGGUUUGUUAUAAAUGGCUUUUAUUAUGUUAAGAUAUAUUUAUUCCCUCUAUACCCACUUUGGUAAGACUUUUCAUCACGAAUGGCUGUUGGAUUUUGUCAAAUGCUUUUUCUGCAUCAAUUGAGAUGGUCAUGGGGUUUUUGACUUUUCUUUCGUUAAUGUGGUGUAUGACAUUGAUUAUUUUCAUAUGUUGAACCACCCUCGUGAACUUGGGAUUUUUCUUCUUUGUUGAGGAAGCCUGUAUUGCUAUAAACUUCUCUCUAGAACUGCUUUUGCAGAAUCCUAUAGAUUUUGAAUGGUUGUGUUUUCAUUACUAUUUAUCUCAAGGUAUGUUUUUAAGGGCCAUACCUUCACCUGCAGCCUAUGGAAGUUCCCAGGCUAGGGGUUGAAUCAGAGGUGCACUUACCAGCCUAUGCCACAGCCAUGGGAACAUGGGAUCCAAGCCACAUCUGUGAUCUAUACCAUAGCCCACAGCAAUGCUUAAUCCUUACCCCAUUAAGUGAGCCAGGGAUUGAACCCGUGUCAUGGAUACCAGUCGGGUUCAUUUUCUGCUGAGCCACCAUGGAACUCCCUGUCUCAAGGUAUUUUUUAAUUUCCCUUUUGAUUUCCUCAUUGACCCAUUGGUUUUUUAGUAGUGUGUUGUUUAGUCUCCAUGUAGUCAGUUUUUUCUCUUUUCUUUUCCUAUGGUUGAUUUCCAGGUUCAUGCCAUUGUUGUCACAGAUGUCUGAAAUAAUUUCUCUACUUAAAUUUGUUGAAGUUAGUUUUGUGCCUCAGUAUGUGGUCAAUCCUUGAGAAUGUUCCAUGUGCACUUGAAAAGAAUGUAUAUUCUGAUUUUUUUUUUGAUGUAAUGUCCUAAAAGUAUCAAUUAAGUCUAAUUGUUCUUUUGCGUCACUUAGGAUCUCUGUUGCCUUAUUGAUUUUCAUUCUAGAGGAUCUGUCCAUUGAUGUGAGUGAUGUGUUAAAAUAUCCUACUAUUGCUUCAUUCCCAUCAAUUUUUCCUUUUAUGUCUGUUAGUUUUUGUCAUAGGUAUUUGCAUGCUCAGUAUUAGGGGCAUUAUACUGACAAGUGUAAUAUCGUCUUCUUGAAGUGAUUCUUUUAUGAUUAAAUAGAGUCCUUCUUCGUCCUUCUUGAAUUGAUCCUUGUAUCAUUAAAUAGUGUCCUCUUUUGUUUUCGAGUUUGUUUUGUCUAACAUGAGCAUUGUGACUCCCACUUUCCUGUCAUUUCCAUUCACAUGAAAUAUCUUUCUCCGUCCCCUCACAUUCAAUUUAUAUAUGUGCUUUGCUCUAAGGUGAAUCUCUUGUAGGCAGCAUAUCAUAGGCUCUUGUUUUUUUUAAUCCAGUAUUCCACUCUAUGUCUUUUGAUUGGAGCUUUCAGUCCAUUCACAUUUAAGGUAAUUAUUGAUAAGUAUGUUUUUAUUGCCAUUUUAAACCUUGUUUUCUAGUUGAUUCUAUGUUUCUCUUUUGUUCCUUUCCUUUCUUGGUUGGAUCAUUUCCUUUGAUUUUAUCCUUGUGUCCUCUCCUUUUUUGUUUCUGUGAAUGUAUUGUUUGGUUUUGAUUUGUGGUUGCCCUGUUUUUCAAGUAUGUUAACCUCUUCCUAUAUCUGCUUGCUUUAGCCCAAUAAUCAUAUAGGCUCAAACAUAUUCUAAAAAAAAAGAAGAGAGUAUGGAUUCUCUUAGCUUCCUUCCAUGCAUUUUAUGAUCUUGAUAUCCUUUAACUCUUUGCUCUUCCUUGUGUUUAUUUUCACUUUUACAAGUAGGUUUUCUUUUUUUCCUUUUAGGUUUGUAUACUGGCUUAUUUAAGUGAUCACUUUCCAAUUGUGAUUUCCUCCACCCUGUAUCUUCUUACCUCUUUCCUAUUUAGAGGAGACCUUUCAGUAUUUCUUUUAGAAAGUGUUUAGUAUUGCUAUAUUCUUUCAGUUUUUGCUCUUUGGAGAAAUUCUUUAUUUUUUCCUAUUCGAAAUGAUAAUCUUGCUGAGUAGAAUAUUCUAGGCUACAAAUUUUUCUCUUUUAGAACUCUGAAUACAUCUUGCCACUCUCUUCUGGCCUAUAGUGUUUCUAUAGAGAAAUCAGCUGAUAGACUUACGGAGGUUUCUCUUAUAAUUACUUCUUUGUUUUUAUCUUGCUGCCUUUAGAAUCUUCUCCUUAUUUGUAACUUUUGCUAUUUUUUAAAUAAUAUGUCUUGGGGUGGGUCUGUUUGGAUUUAACUCAUUUGGAGCCCUCUGUGCUUCCUGUAUCUUGAUAUCUGCUUCCUUUAUAUUUGGAAAAUUUUCAGGCAUAAUUUCUUCAAAUAUAUUUUCAAGCCUCUUUUCUUUUUCUUCACCUUCUGGAACCUCUAUUAUGCAAAGAUUGGUCCACUUUAUAUUAUCCCAUAGAUCUCAUAUGGCUUUCAUGAUUUUUCAUUUGGUUUUCUGUCUGCUGCCCUGAUUGGGGAUUUCCAUUAUUCUAUCUUACAAGUCACUUAUCUGUUCCUCUGCAUUAUUCAUUCUGCUCUUCAAUGCCUCUAACUCAGCUUGUGUUUCAGCAAAUGAAUUUUUAAAAUUUUCUUGGCUCCUCCAUAUAUUUUCAAUUUACUUGCUAAAGUAAUCUGCAUUACUGUUCUAUAAUUGCUCUUAAAUCCUUCAGAGUUCUCACUAUCUCCUUUUUGAACUCAGUGUCUGUUAGACUGCAGAGGUCUGUUUCAUUGUUUGCCUCUUGAGGGAAAUUCUCCUGUUCUUUUUAACUGAGAAUGGUUCCUGGGCUUCUUCAUUUGGCUUAUGUUUUUCUUAUUCUGUUAGUUUAGGGAAUACAACUACUGUAGUCUUACUGGGCUAUUUAUAUGUGAGAGUGUCCUUGGCUAAUUUGUGACGGCUUAAUUUUUCUUUUUCUUUUUGUUUUGGUGUGAGGGCUGCUUUUGGUUUAGAUGCUUUGAUAUCUCUUUCUUUAGCAUGUGCAGGCUGUUAUACCCCUGAUAGGGGGUGUGCUAGUGCAUGGCAUGCAUGUGCUUCCAGGGAGAUGGAGGCAAUUGGCAGGACCUGUAGCCCAUGCUUGGUUGCUGGGCCUUUGACAGUGGUGAGGACCCCUGAGGAGGUGGCACAGGCUACUCCUUGUUGCAGGGCCCGGAGCCUUUGGCUGUGGCAACAGGAGGGCUUGUGCAUUCCCAGAGGUGUGAGAGCAACAACAGUUUAUGCUUUGUUGUAGUGCCCUCCUCUGUGGCAACCCCUGAGGUGACUGGGGCCAUAGGUGGUGCCUGUUCACAGACCCCUAGUAGUGACAGACUAUGCCCACCUCUGGAGUCUGAGAAGGCUGUGGCAGUUUACCCCUGCCACCCAUAGCCCACACAAGAGAUGCCCUGCAUCUGAGAGCCUACACGUGCACAGAGAAAUAUA